CUUUGUUAUGAUAUGUAGGGUGUGAUAUGUACUGUGAAAUUGACUUGUGCUGUACGUUCUAUAUAUUACAUAAUAUAUGGAUAUAAUCCGUAAAAGAGAGACGAAUUAGUUUUGUCUCGAAUAAAACAUCUGUAAAAAUGAUCGCUAGUAGAGUAAUUGUUCGAUCAUUUUCAUCCUCUUCUACUGUACAACAAUUGGUGAAGCCACCAGUACAAUUAUUCGGUUUAGAAGGAAGAUAUGCUACUGCGCUUUUCUCUGCUGGAAGCAAACAAAAAUCACUUGACAAGAUCGAACAAGAUUUAGAUAAAUUACAGGGUUUGAUGAAGACAGAUGUUAAAUUAGCAGAAUUUAUAAAUGAUCCUACAAUAAAGCGUAAAUUUAAGGCCGAUGCACUUCAGGCUAUUGGAAGCAAGAUAACUCUUAAUCCAGCUACUUUGAAUUUGUUAAUUUUAUUAGCAGAGAAUGGUAGACUUGCAAAAUUUAAUCAAAUUUCUAAUUCAUAUAAAAUUAUUAUGGCUGCGAAUAGAGGAGAAGUAGUUUGUGAAGUAACUACUGCAAAAGCAUUAGAUGCUGAAACUAAAGGUAAAUUAGAAUCGGCUCUAAAAUCUUUCCUCAAAAAAGGUGAAACUAUUAAACUUACUUCCAAAGUCGAUCCAUCGAUCAUCGGUGGAAUGAUUGUAUCUAUCGGUGAUAAAUAUGUAGAUAUGAGUGUUGCUAGUAAGAUUAAAAAAUAUUCAGACAUUAUUCAGACUGCAGUUUAAACGUUUUUUACUUAUUAUUCACAACAAAGUAAGAAACCGUAAAUCCAAUUUAGGAGAAUACCAAUGUAAUGUAAAUAAUUGAAAAAUAAAUACAUAUAAAUCAAAAAUUAAAA